AUGUACGGUAGCGCCCGCUCGGUCGGCCGAGGGGAUGCCAACCAUAGUGGAGGAAGAGAUGGUGGCGGUUCUGGUAAUCAGGGAUCCGGCCGCUCCCCUCGCCUUCCCCGUUCUCCUCGGAUGGGACACCGGCGCACCAACAGCACCGGAGGCAGCGGAGGAGGUCCCGGAGGAGCGGGAGGCAAGACGCUCUCCAUGGAGAACAUCCAGUCCCUCAAUGCGGCGUACGCCAACUCAGGACCGAUGUACCUGAGUGACAACGAGGUCGCCAUGGCAGACCAUCUUCCCAAAAGUGGCGGGACGGUGACGACCAUGGGGAGACAGAGGGUGACGUAUGGGUCGAGGGGCAGCAGCAGUGGAGUCGUGGCCGCUAGCACCCCCAAUAUCUCCACCUCGGUGCCUGGCAAUGCUGUGCUGCCAGCAGGCAUGAUGGCAGGUGAUGCUCUAGCUUUUGGGGACCACCACAUGGCCUCCACGGUGCCGCACUCUCUACGGCAGGCCAGAGACAACACCAUACUGGACCUGCAGGCACAACUCAAAGAGAUUCUGCGUGAAAAUGAGAUGCUGCGGCGAGAAGUGGAAGUUAAGGAGAGCAAGCUCAGCUCCUCCAUGAAUUCUAUCAAGACCUUCUGGAGCCCCGAAUUAAAAAAGGAGCGAGCUCUCAGGAAAGAUGAAGUUUCUAAGAUCACAGUCUGGAAGGAACAAUACCGUGUGAUUCAAGAUGAAGCCCAGCAUCUCCAGAUGACUGUUCAGGCUCUUCAGGAUGAGCUGAGGAUCCAGAGGGACCUGAACCAGCUGUUCCAGCAGGACCCCUCCAUCCAAGGCCGGGACCUGUCAUCGGAGCCCACGGAGGAGAACUACCGGCGGCUACAGGCCGAGCACGAGAGGCAGGCCAAAGAGCUCUUCCUCCUUAGAAAGACCCUGGAGGAGAUGGAGCUGAGGAUUGACACACAGAAGCAAACUCUGGGAGCCAGAGACGAGUCCAUCAAGAAGCUUCUGGAGAUGCUGCAGAGCAAAGGGCCGUCUGCCAAGGCAUCAGAGGAGGACCAGGAGCGGACCAGGAGGCUGGCUGAUGCAGAGAUGCACAGGCAUCACCUGGAGAGUUUACUGGACCAGAGAGACCGAGAGAUUAAUGCAUUAAGAGAGGAGCUGCACCGUCGAUACGAGGGAACCCCCGAGUCCACCAAGACCAAGGCUCUCCAGACCGUCAUCGACAUGAAGGAUGCAAAAAUCAAUUCAAUGGAGCGCGGCCUGAGAGACAUGGAGGAGGAGCUGCUGAUGCUGAAAUCGAACGGACUGCUGAGCUGUGAGGAGCGUCAGGAGGAGAUGAAGCAGAUGGAGGUCUACCGCAGCCACACCAAGUUCAUGAAGAACAAGAUGGAGCAGGUGAAGCAGGACCUCUCCAGGAAGGACACCGAGAUGCUGGGUCUGCAGACCAAGCUGGAGACGCUCACCAACCAGUUCUCAGACAGCAAGCAGCACAUCGAAGUCCUCAAGGAGUCGCUGACUGCCAAGGAGCAGCGAGCUGCCAUCUUACAGACGGAGGUGGAUGCCUUACGCCUGCGCUUGGAAGAGAAGGAGACAACUCUGAAUAAGAAGAGCAAGCAGAUACAAGAGAUGUCAGAAGAGAAGGGCACACUGAACGGGGAGAUCCACGACCUCAAGGACAUGCUGGAGGUCAAGGAGCGUAAAGUUAACGUGCUACAGAAGAAGAUUGAGAACCUUCAGGAGCAGCUGAGGGACAAGGAGAAGCAGAUGAGCAGUCUGAAGGAGAGAGUGAAGUCUUUGCAGGCAGACACGUCCAACACCGACACGGCUCUCACCACGCUGGAGGAGUCUCUGGCAGAGAAGGAGCGCAUCAUCGAGCGUCUAAAAGAGCAGCGAGACAGAGACGACCGGGAGAAGACGGAGGAGAUCGACUGUAACAAGAAGGAACUGAAAGAGUUGAAGGAGAGACUGAGCCUCCUGCAGGGAGACCUGUCAGACAGAGAGACGUCUCUGUUGGACCUGAAGGAACAUGCAUCAUCCCUGGCCUCCUCUGGGCUGAAGAAGGACUCCAAACUGAAGAGCAUGGAGAUCGCCUUUGAGCAGAAGAGGGAGGAGGUCCUCAAAGUGGAGAACCAGCUCAAGAGAGCUCAGAACGCGGCCCUGGAGGCUCAGGCCAACACCGAGCUGGCCGAGCGCAUCAAGAAACUGGAACAGGAAGUGGCCCGCCACAAAGAGGAUUCUGGGAAAGCCCAGGCUGAGGUGGACCGCCUGCUGGACAUCCUUCGGGAGAUGGAGAACGAGAAGAAUGACAAGGACAAGAAGAUCACUGAGCUGGAGAGUCUGGCCUCCAGGCAGACGAAGGACCAGUCGAAGAAGGUGGCGUCUCUGAAGCACAAGGAGCAGGUGGAGAAGAGCAGGAACGCCCGCCUGGUGGACGAGGCCAGGAAGAGGGAGGACAACAUGUCUGAGAGCUCUCAGCAGGUGAAGGACACUCUGCGUCAGAAGUCUGAGCGCAUCGAGGAGCUGGAGGAGGCCCUGAGAGAGAGCGUUCAGAUCACCGCUGAGAGAGAGAUGGUGCUGGCUCAGGAGGAGGCUGCCAGGUCUCUGCAGGAGAAACAGAUGGAGGAGCUGCUGGGGGCCAUGGAGAAGGUGAAGCAGGAGCUGGAGUCCAUGAGGGCCAAGCUGGCCUCCACCCAGCAGUCUCUGUGUGAGAAAGAGUCUCACCUCUCCACCCUGAGAGCUGAACGCAGGAAACACCUGGAGGAGGUGCUGGAGAUGAAGCAGGAGGCGCUGCUGGCUGCUAUCAGUGAGAAGGACGCUAACAUCGCCCUGCUGGAGCUGUCCUCCUCUAAGAAGAAGAAGACCCAGGACGAGGUGUCUCUGCUGAAGAGGGAGAAGGACCGACUGGUGCAACAGCUCAAACAGCAGACUCAGAACAGAAUGAAACUGAUGGCAGACAACUACGAGGACGACCAUCUGAAGACGGCUCCGGACCAGACCAAUCACAAACCCUCUCCAGAUCAGAUGAUCCCCCCUCUUCUAGCCCUGUCCCAGAACCGCAGUAAGCUCAAGCUCUACAUCGCCCACCUGACAGACCUCUGCCACGACCGGGACCCCAGCAUCCUCAGCCAGCUCACGCCGCCCUCUCACUACCACCACAGCGACCCCGACGACUUGGAGGAGGAGCUCCAGAAGAUGAGUGUGGAACAGUUGGAGCGAGAGCUGCAGGUGUGUGAGAAGGAGAGCGGAGAGCUGCAGGAGUUCGCCAACGCUGUUCUCCAGCAGAUCGCUGACUACUGCCCCGACAUCCUGGAGCAGGUCGUCAACGCCCUGGAGGAGUCCUGCUGACAACUCUGAGCUCCGACACCCCCCGGCUGACCCCCGGCCGACCCCCGGCUGACACCCGGCCUCCACGUAAUCUAAUCUGUAGCUGAGCCCGGUGCCCCUACCUCCACUCCACGAGGCUCCUGGAAGGAUGAGAGAAAGCCGGGGCAUUAUCUCCCCCCACUGAGCUCCGCCUCCUCGCUCCCCUCGUCCACCCCGGAACAAACUCUCACGACUCCGAAGUGCUUUCCUGUCUCGUGUGUCUCUCUAACGUCAGGCCUGUAAAAUCAAAUUAGGGAUGUUCGCAAAGUCUAUUGAAGUUCUCAAACAUCAGAUUACACUCCUCCUUUAACGGCAGCUGUGGUCGACGGAGGAGAAGAGAAGAACUAAAGAUCUCACCUGGUCACAUAUCGGGCCGGCUGCAGCUCACCAGAGGGCUGUGAACAGCUAACAGACUGUGAACUCUGCUCGUAGUAAACUUAGUUGGUAUUGCUCACCUGUAAGUCUGACCAGGUGCGUUGGGAUAGAACGGAUCUCGGAUGAAAGAAGCAAACUUCCGCACAAAGUCUUGGAGUCUACUGCCAACCGUCCUCUCCCGAGACGUCUUCAUCCACAGCAGGAACUGCUGGAUCCAGCACAGUUACCUCACUUCUAUCUCAGUCUUUCACCACUCUGACUCCUCCGUUGUGUCUCUGGAGUUUAAAGGGGUAGAUUCCUUCGUCACAUGGGGCAGGAGAGCACUUCUUGUCUUUUAGUCUGGGGAGCUGCUACAUCACGAGGGGAGCUCAGCUCAGCGGGGGAAUCCUGAAGCCAUGUAGAUGUAGUCAGUGUUGGUUACUAACUGGUAGGUUAAACCCAGCUACAGCUGAACACUUAACCAAAUAUAGAUGCAGCAUGUUCUUCAGAUGUUUCCUCUCCCAGCGGGGGGGCUGUGGAUCUGUCCUUGUAGGUACUGAGUAGUCUGAGGCUGGGUCACUGGCAUGAGAGGGGGGUCAAGGCCUGACCUUUGGCCCAGAUCAAGGUGAUCUUUUAGUUCCAGUUUGUUCUCAUGAGAGAGAGAGGAAACAAAAGAAACAAAAAAAAAUCUUUUAUUCUCUGAGGCGUUUUCAUUUCUCGAUGGUUUUGCACACAACGUCCACGUGUUUAUGAGGUAUGCAAAGUUUCUUUUGAGAACGUUCUAGUGGCCUUGGAGCAUGCACAGAGAUCAGUACUGGACCUAACGCAGGGAUAGAUCUAUUCCUCUGUCAUAUUGGUGCUAAGGCAUGAUGUAAGAUCCACUGAUCACUCAGUCUCAUCCAAAGUUUCUACACAUGUUCCGUAAAGCCCUCCUGAUCUUUAGUUGACUGAAUCACUGAAGAACCUUUUCUGGUAUGUUUUAACUCUUCAGGGCUGAGGUUUUUAAUUACUAAGUGCAUCUCUACAUUUACAGGAAACAAAAGUCACUUUUCAGCAGAUUUUUGACUUUUUAGAUCAGUUUGUAAAUAACGUGAUAUUUAACACGUCCAGUGACUGAAUAAAGGUAAUUAAGGUGAA